UGGUUUAGUCUUUUUGAGCAAGACCACUGUAUUUUGAGUGCGAAAGAGAGAGAAUGGCUUGCAGCGUUGGCAAUCCGAUGUCUUCUUCAGCUUAGCCUCAAACCCAAACAAACGCAAAAACACUCUCGGCAGUUAAGCUGCUCCAAUCUGGCAACUACCCACUCUUUUCCUUCCUUCCUUUCCAAAAAAAAAAAAAUAAUUUUUUUCUCCCUCAUUUAUUUGCUUCGUUAAUUCAUUCAUUCAUUCGCUUCUCAUUUCAUUCCUUCACCUAAUAUUUACUCUCACUUCCACUGCAUGAACGCAUUUCUCUCCAGUUUCUGAGCCGAAGCGAUGCCGUUGCUGAGGUUCCCCGUCAGAAAUGAGUACAGCCUGGGCCAUCCCGACCUCUACAAGGGGGCCAAUAAAGAAGAUCCCAAAGCCGUGCUUGACGGUGUUGCUGUAGCUGGCCUUGUUGGGAUCUUGCGUCAAUUAGGCGAUCUUGCUGAGUUUGCGGCAGAGGUUUUUCAUGGGUUGCAGGAGCAAGUGAUGACAACAGCUUCAAGAAGUCAUAGGUUGAUGGUUCGCAUGCAACACAUUGAAGCUUCGCUUCCUUCUCUUGAGAAGGCUGUACUGGCCCAAACAAGCCACAUUCAUUUUGCUUACACUGCUGGUUCUGAGUGGCAUCCUCGUAUUGGAAAUGAGCAAAACCAUUUUGUCUACAGUGACUUGCCACGAUUUAUUAUGGAUUCCUAUGAAGAAUGUCGUGAUCCUCCACACCUGCAGUUGCUUGACAAAUAUGAUGCUGGUGGGCCUGGGUCUUGUCUGAAGAGAUAUUCAGAUCCAACCUUCUUCAAAAGAAUAUCAGGUAGCUCCAUUGGAGCAACUGCUGAGAAAUUACAACGAGAUAAGAAGACUCGUAAAAGCAAGAAAAAAAGGUCCUCUCAGAGGAAUGGAGAAAUAUCACACAUUGCAUCAAUGCCCAAUCACAGUGGCAGAUUCCAUAUGUCAUCUCAAGCUGUUAAUGGACAAAGUAUUUCCCAAACUGCAUCUACCAUUGACAUGAAAUUGAAAUCAGACUUUGGAGAUCAUUCAAAUUCAUUUGAUUCAAGAACUGGUUCAGGUUAUAUUGAACAUGUUUUCAAUCUAAGUUCUUCCUUGCAACCUGGAGAUCAAGAGUCUAAGGAAUCCACUUCUAGUUUGAUGCAGCAUAUUGAUACCCUUGAUUCUGUUUUUCUGGAUGAGUCAACUCAGAUAUUAGAUGACAAUUUUCCAUGCGGUUCAUCACAAGAGCAAACUGCUCCAAGAUUUUCUUGUGUUACUUGGGAUGAAAAGGCUGAAAUAGUGGGGCUGAAGGAUAAAAAAUGUGACAGGGGUGAAGACCCACAAGUGCUUUCAAACAGAGAUACACCGGACAGAGGAACUGCCAACCUUGUAAAUGAUGAUCACAUGGAUGUCAUGAUAUCUGAUGAAGACACUCCUGAAUUGAUCUUUGAUACAAAUCAGCUUGAUGAAGUUGAAAGUGAACCAGACACUUAUAUGGAUGCUCUUAAUACCAUUGAGUCGGAAUCUGAAAUUGAUCGUGAUUACCAAACAAAACGAGAAGUGAAGCAAUAUUCAUCUGACGUCAAAAAUGAAAGAAAAGAACAUGGAAUAAAUGGGUCCAUGGAACAUGAUUCAGAUCAUUAUCCAUCUACAAUUGAGUCUCAUACUGUAUCCAACAUCUUACCCAGUAAUGGAAUCCCCAGUGCUCUAAACUCAGUCCUCUCGGAGACUAUUUUCCUUGAGACACAAAUUUCUGGAAAGUCUUCUAAUUCAGCCCAUUCACUGGGCACUGAUGUAUGUGCUUGUGCUGAUAUUCUUGACAUUUCACGAGCAGAAUCGGUUGUCAUGGAUGGCCCACCAGCAGAAUCAGUUGUUGUUGAUGGCCCACAGGCAGAGUCACUUGUCAUUGAUGGCUUACAAGCAGAAUCAGUUGUCACUGAUGGCCCACAAGCAGAAUCAGUUGCCAUCGAUGGUCUUCAAGCAGAAUCAGUUGUUGGUGAUGCUUGUCAAGCAGAAUCAGUUGUUGGUGAUGCUUGUCAAGCACAAUCAGUUAUCAUUGAUGGUCCAAGAGCAGAGUCUGUCAUAAGUGAUCCAUCAUCCUCUGACGCCAGAAUUUCUGGUUCUUGGGAUCUAUCUGGUGAUAAGGUCAUAAACAGUUUUAGAGAAUCUCAACAAUCUCAUGCUGAAUGUUCUGGUGUUCAAUCAGUUACAUUCUGGACAAAUGGUAACCUAUUGGGACUGGAGCCGUCAAAACCUCCUGCUUUUGCUGUGUCAAAUGCCACUGAUCAGUAUUAUGUUGCUGGAAGUACAUGUGAAAAAGUAGGUCCUCCAAAUCCAGCCCUCAAGAGUGAUGGGCAAAAAGGAAAACCAAAUACAUUGGUUGAGAGUGCUGAAAGUGUUAAGGCAGUUUCAAGUUCUAGUAAUGGAAAAGUUCAACUUCUAGAUUCUAAAGCUGAAAAAUCCAUUGGUUCACAAAAUGGUUUUAAUCGUGGUCAUGAAGGUGUCUUGAAUGGAACUUCUGUAGCUGUGUCAGGAACAGAGCUGGCAUCAGAUGUCAAAGUAAAAUCAACGGAAGCAAAUCAUGGAAAUGAUGGAAACUCAUCUUUAGUGUUUACACUGGGCCAUAGGUUACUUGUAAAUGGUUUUCAUAGAAAGUUGCCCCUUGCUCACAGUGAAAAAUCUGAAUCAGUAGGCUCUCUUGUAGCUAGUGUGUUAGAUCGGGAUAGUGGGAACCAUUCUGAUGCAAAUCGACCAAUUUUAAAGACGACCUUUGUGGAGCAGUUUGGGCAUGGAUCUCCUCUAGGUUCACUCACUUCUUCACCGCCACUUGAGCGUAUGAAAAUAUCUUUCAACCCUAUAGAUGGCCUUGAGACUUCUAAACUGAAACUAAAAUUUCCUGAUGGAAAUCAAUCCCAUGAAGGCAUUAGAGAUAUGUUUGCUUCAUUUCAGUUGGUCCCAGAGCCUGCUAUUCCACGGAACGUUGAUGGUUCUGAUUCUGAUGAUGAUACCUUCUGCAGAUCAUCUCCUUAUAUGUCAGAUGAUUGUCCUAGCCACCAGUCUGAGUCAAAUUCAGAGCAGUGGGAAUCUGAUGAAUCCCCCGGAGAAAGCAAGGACCAUGAGCUAUAUGAUGCUUUAAGUCGAAUUCCAUCAAUGGAAACUGUUUCAAGCUCUCUUCAAAUGGAAGGAGCAACUAAGAAUGGCAUGCAUGUGGAGCAUGGACUUCAAAGUACCUAUACAGAGAGUAAUGUAGAACCUUCUCUGUCAAGUCUUGAUCUUCCAAGUUUUGGUGCCAUGAACCCUGUAUUACCGGGAGAAAUAAAGUCUACUGGUCCUAAAAAUAUCGAACACUUGGAAAACUAUGGGGAAGUCACCCCACUGCCACCGCCUCUCCCUCCAGUGCAAUGGCGGGUCACUAAGCCACAUUCAGAUAUGGCUGCAGAGGAACAAUAUUCUGUAUCAGAGGCUUUUAAACAUGCAUUAGAUCUGAAGCAUUUGGGAUCUAUCAUCAAUCAGCAACCUGAGUACCGCCCAUCUAAUCAACUAUCCUCAAAAAAGGAGAACACUAUUUCUUAUUGCCACAGCGAGCAUGAAGACCAGCAGAAGUUGAAUAGGCAGAAGAAAGCUAAUCAGGUUGCAAAUGGCAAGGGGUUUGAUGAGGAGGAUUUCUUGCAUCAAAUUAGGAGUAAAUCAUUCAGCCUAAGGCCGACAGUUGCAACAAGGCCAAUCUUUGCAUCAGGUCCAGCUGCAAAUGUCAAAGUCACCGCAAUUAUAGAGAAAGCACAUGCAAUCCGGCAGGUUGUUGGAAGUGAUGAUGGUGAGGAUGAUGAUAACUGGAGUGACAGUUGAGCUUCUCAUGAUGAAUUUCUUGGUGUUGAGUAUUGAUGUUUGAUGAAGCUGUUAUAUGUGUAUAAUCAGAGUUUCUUUUUGUUGUAAUUAAUAGUAGGGGCCUUAUCUGGUAAUUAAUUUCAAUUGUUUCAUUAAUUUUUUGAAUUGUUAAGAACAAAAUGGAAGAGAUUAGUUCUAUAAUGAUGUAAUUUUAUGUAUUAUAAGAUAAUUAUAAUAUGAAUUGUUAAAUUUCAGGUUUCA